GUACUCCAGUUGAUCAAAAUAAUCCAAUUGUUGAGCCCAAACAAAAGAGAUUUAACUCAUCCAACUACAGUCCGCUCUUCAGUAUCCACCAUUUGUUCUUCUUCACCUUCUUCAUCUUCUUGGUGUUAUUGCCAUGGCCACAUUUAACAUCUCAUAUCUCUCAAAACCCAAUUCGUCUCUUCCCAUUUUCUCCAAUUUUUCUUCCCAAAAUACCCCUUCAUUUUCCUCUUAUUCUAUUCCCAAACCCUCCUUCCUUUUCCCUUCGAUUACCCUCCGACCCAAUAGCAGAACCAGAACUCGCCACGUAAGCAUCGUCGUUUCAGCUGUAAAAAAGCUCUCUGAGACAGACCCUUUAACCGUGCCUCUAGAACCUGUCGAAAUUUCUGGAAGCUUCCCGAAGGAAUCUGGUGUGUAUGCGGUGUAUGAUAGUAAUGGUGUUCUGCAAUUUGUUGGCAUAUCGCGAAACAUUGCCGCCAGUGUUCUUUCUCAUAAGAAUACUGUACCCCAACUCUGCUCUUCCGUAAAGGUUGGUGUGGUAGAUGAGCCAGAUAGAACAGCUUUAACCGAAUCAUGGAAAUCAUGGAUGGAAGAGCAUAUUGCAGCCACCGGAAAGGUCCCACCGGGUAACGAACCAGGAAACUCAACAUGGGUACGUCAGCCACCAAAGAAGAAGACUGAUCUGAGGUUAACACCAGGUCGUCAUGUGCAAUUGACAUUGCCCUUGGAGGACCUCAUUGACCGGCUUGUGAAGGAAAACAAGGUGGUUGCUUUCAUAAAAGGGUCAAGAAGUGCACCACAAUGUGGAUUUUCACAGAGGGUGGUUGCCAUGCUUGAAAGUGAAGGUGUCGAUUAUGAAAGUGUCGAUGUACUUGAUGAAGAGUACAACUACGGAUUGAGGGAGACGUUGAAGAACUAUAGUAACUGGCCUACAUUUCCACAAAUUUUUGUGAAGGGUGAGUUGGUUGGUGGGUGUGAUAUCUUGACCUCGAUGUAUGAGAAGGGUGAACUUGCCAACUUGUUCAAAAGCUAAAUGUUCAAUUAGCAGUAAAGAAUGUACCUUUAUUGUAAGAGUUGACAUGAGAUUAUAUACAUCAUUGCACUAAUUCACUCAUCAGUGUAUCUGGUGGUCUGGAAAUAGUGGAAUAGUUGGAAACGAAUUCAUUGUUUCUGUGUACAAGAGAACUUUGUUAUAACUAGCAACUUGGAAAUUUUGAGUUUUUUGUGAUAAAGAACUCCUAUAUGGGAUCUUCAUGUGCUCUGUUGAUGUACUUGAAAAUGUAUUGGAUAAGGAAAACAGACAAUGGCAGAACUUAUACAAGAUGGAUGAGUGCCCUCUGUA